AUGCAUCCGGCAAUGGCCUCCCCACUGGAUCUACGGCCGGCGGGAUUACUGUCCAUCAGUUCGGCCGCUGCGAAUAACGGCCCGCUGGGGUCGCUGGCGGUGGAUCCAGCAAACACCUCGCAUCAGCAACACCAUCAUCAUCACCUGCAGCAACAGCAGAGCCAUCAGGCACCGUCGAACCGGAUCGGUGGUGGAUCGUCACGUAACCGGAGCCGCAGUAGCAGUAGCUCGGAAAACGGUGCUACCGGGCAUUCGGGCCUUCUGGCUGCCGAAUCGGAAGGAGCCAACGGUGAAGGAGUUCCGUCGGCCGGCGGCGGCCCUAGUGGUGGCUCGACGAGUGGCAAAUCGGGAAGCCACCGAUCGCAGAGUCUCGUGAAGCCCCCGUACUCCUACAUUGCCCUCAUCACGAUGGCCAUCCUGCAGUCGCCCCAGAAAAAGCUGACCCUCAGCGGCAUCUGCGAGUUCAUUAUGACUAGGUUUCCGUACUACAAAGAAAAGUUCCCGGCGUGGCAGAACUCGAUCCGACACAACCUCAGUCUGAACGAUUGUUUUAUCAAAAUUCCUCGCGAACCAGGCAACCCCGGGAAGGGCAACUUUUGGACUCUCGAUCCGCUGGCGGAGGAUAUGUUCGACAACGGUAGCUUCUUGAGGCGCCGGAAGCGCUACAAGCGCACUACGCUCGCCCAGAGCAUGGCGUUUCCGGGUGUGUUCGGCCCGUUCGCCCCGUUCUGGAUACGCAAACCGGUGCCGGUCAUUCCGAUGCACCAGUUUGGCCCGGCGCACGCCGGGUCGCCCGCCAUGACGCCCGGGUUCGGUGCGGAGGGUCCCGGAGGGCCGUUAACCUCGCUGGGGGCCGGUCGGACGGCGAGUGACUUCCUGUUGGACAGCAAGCUCAACCUCUUCGGCACGGUCAAGAUGGACGAUCUCAAUGUGGCCAUGAUGGAGAACAGUGACUUUCUGCAGCGAAACGUCGACAGUUUGAAGAUCUCGAGCGCCAUGAACAAGUUCUUUCACGGCUACCACCAGAGUCAGGGUGGCGGGGGCGGCCCGGUGCUCGAUCUGUACGACGAUGGCGUCCACCAUGGGCCGCUCGGUGGAGUGCAUCACUGCAAUGGUCGCGACGGAGCGAGCUACUAUGGAGGGGCGGCUAAGGGAGGAAGCCUCCUGCCUGGGGGCCUCCCAGCCGGGGCGAUGCUGCCGGGAGCCGCUGAAGUGGACUCAGCCGGUGGCAGUCGCCGGGGGCACGAAUUUCCCGACGCCGAUUUGGAUGUUUCCAGUGACGACCGCAUUGACGUGGAGAGUGAAGACGAUUACAAGUCACCGGCAGAGAGAGGAAGUGGCCUGGUCUAUCACGAGCUGCUUUUGGAUAGGCACAAGUCGGAAACACCCACCAGUAUUGCACCCCCAUCGCAACACCUACCUAGCUCCCCCCAGCAUCUCGGGCGACCAUCUUCCGCCGAUGGUCCACCGGUGGAUCCGGAGGGCUAUUCGCCACGCUGUAGCCCUUCCCGCGCUGGGCGUGAUCCGGACGAGUAUUAUGUGGACGAAGACGAACAGUCGGACAAGGUUAGCAGCGGCUCGGUCGAGGAACGAGGAUCCCAGCACGAACAGUCGGUCCGGAGUCACUUGUACGAUGACGUACACCGCUUACCGACACCAACGGAACCGUUACCGGAUGGGACGGGUUCCAACAAUGGCACGGAUGGCGAUUAUCCCGCGCUGAGAAGCGACAGCUACACCGAGACGGCAAAGAUGCUCGAGACGACGUUUGCGACACGAAAGCGCAAAUUUGGCAACACGAAAGGUUUCAGCAUAGAGAACCUCAUCGGCUGCAGCGUGGAGGACAGAUGA